AUGUCUGAUUCAAAGAGCAAAAGCGCCUACGGUGUGGCGGCAUCGGAUACUGAUUUCCGAAAGAAUUGGGAUCUGGACGAAUAUGCUGCGAAAGCCAAGGAACGCGAGGCCAAGGAGAGGGAAGAAGGCAAGGCGCGUUACGAGGCCAAACUCGCCGGCAAGAAGUAUCACAAGCCCAUGACGGGCAACGAGACGUAUACAUCAGCAAGGCGAAAUAUCAUCGAUGUGAGCGCACAAGUUGGAAAGACGCAGCUAGUGCCUGCGGGAUCGGGCGUUGGUAAACGAGGCAGAGGUGCUGGUUUCUACUGCGAGGCCUGUGAUCUUACGUUCAAGGACAACCUGCAAUGGGUUGAGCACUUGAAUACGAUGCAGCAUCUGCUCAACACAGGACAGACCACCGAAGUCAAACGAGCGACUGUCGAGGAAGUGCACGAGCGAAUCGAGUUCUACAUCCGCCGGAAAGAAGAUCUUGAGAAAGAAAAGGCCACUAGCUUACAUGACAGACUGCAGCUAAGAGAGGAAGAGAUGCAGAAGGAGGCAGAGGAGAAGAGGAAGAAGCGCAAGGAAGAAGCAGAGAAGAAGCGCCAGGAGAAGGAGCAGGCGGCUAAGGUGAAGACGGAGUACGGCGACGAUGUGCGUAUUGAAGGGGAGCAUGACGAGGACGAUAUGAUGGCGCAGAUGGGAUUCACCGGGUUUGGAUCGUCGAAGAAGUGA